GUUUAAGUUGUAAAAAAGUUAUUUAUUGACUAACACUCUAGUCAAACGGAACGGCGCGGUCAGGGGCGGCGGCGGCAGGGCGCACCGCACACGUCUUCUACUAAUCUGCGCACUCGCGCAGUCUGCGCACCAGUCAAAUUUAUUCAGUCGGACUCGUUUGACGUCUCGCCGCAGCUCGGUCAUUUUAUAUAACUAGGUAUUCGAAAUUAAGUGAUAGUUGUGAUUCCAGUGGGGCCCAGAAAUACCGCUCGGUGAUAGGAAACUUUACAUCUUUCUUGGUUCGACCUUUGGAAACAACUUAAGUAUUCACUAUGGAUUGGGCCGUGCCAGGAGGGAUGCCCGAAGUAAACGACAUCUUUGACGAAGUCACAAAAAUCACAUCUGAUUUACUACCCAAAAACUAUAGCGGCGAUGUCCGGUCCACAAGGGCUGUACAAGAUCUCGUUGCAAGAAUUAUCGAUCAGCUCGGGGAGGAGUCCGCCUCAGCCCAGGGCUUGAAUAAAGUAAUAACGAGUGCGGAAAAGCUGCGCAAGAACCCUGGCCACAUUGUUUAUUUGCUCAAAGAUCAUCGCGGCAAAGAGGGAAAAGGAGAAAUCAUAGGGCUACUGAAGGUGGGGCGCAAGCACCUGUUCCUGUUCGACAGCAAGGAGGUGGUGCACGAGGUGGAGCCGCUGUGCGUGCUGGACUUCUACGUGGUGCGCGACCGCCAGCGCAUGGGCUUCGGCAGGAUGCUCUACGACUACAUGCUGCACGAGCUGGAGGUCACAGCGUGGCAGAUGGCUAUUGAUGGUCCUUCUGAGAAGAUGGAGAAAUUUCUGUCGAGGAACUUCGGCAUUGAAAAACUAAUUCGGCAAAAUAACAAUUUUGCUGUGGCUCCGAACUUCUUCGACCGGUCCGACGAAGAAAUCAGUAACUCGGGCGGCGGUCCCUCGGCUGCCCCGGCCGCUGCCGUCGGUCGCUUCGCCGCCCCGAAACCUGCUUCAGCGAUCGCUAACGUCAUUCACGGCGCCGGACACGAGCACGCGGCGAGACGUUGCAUGUACUCAACCAAAAAGUGUCACGCCCGCUCGCCAGGCAGAUGCCCGAUACCAGUGGGUCUUUCGUACUAGUGAAGUUUUCAGUCGAUGCUCCAAAGAGAGGGCGGCGGCCUCUGUGUGGGGACGCUACAUACUGAACUAGUGUUGCGAGCAUAGUUUUGUGUUCUUCCAGCGUGUUAUUGCCAGCUGUCAUCUCGUACAUUAGAUUCCAUUAGUUGGCAGCAACAGAAACAUCGUCGGUAACUAUGUCAAAUUGCCUUGCAAGUUGUAAAUAAGCAGACGCAGAAACAAUAUGAUUUUCCCACAGCAUUGCGUCCCGACGGCCGACCGCCACUCGGCGUCCGUCUGCAAAUAUUCCACAUUUUAUACUUUCCAUGUUACAAUUAACACUUACGUUCAGUAUUUUUAAUUAAUAAAUUAUACUUCGCUAAUAUUAUUGACAAAAUAAAUUAUUAAUAUGUUCAAAAUAUCGUUUUUUUUCCUGCAAGGUGCAAAACUCUAUUUUACUAGGCAGGUAUUUAUAGUCCUUGGAGUCCCUAUGAGUUUGUCAGUCAAAUACUGAACAAAAUAAUGGUAUUUUUUUGUAAUUAAGAGUGGGAAGUUGCUUCGUUACCGCUCAGUAUAAAAUGAACUGUCUGUCGAGACCUAUCACAAUAUUUCAAAGUAAUGUACUAAUGUAUCGACAAAAUGUUCGAUUCCGAAAUAAAAAAUAAAAUACGAGUCUCAUUGUUUGAAGUAAUCUAAUAGACUGCUUCCAAAUAAACUCAUUACCUAUACCUAUUCAGUGUAGAAACUAGUGCUUCCAACAUGUGCACUGACUCGCGCAGAAUGUAAAGUCGCCAACUAUAAAAAUUCUAUUUUUUAUGUCACUUAAAAUAUUUGGAGCAUGAUGUGGAUGUGACACCUUAAACACUGUACAAUUAACUUAAUAAUCGUGUAUUUAAAGUAUAGAUGUAAGAAAUAACGUAACAGCUACUGGUUGUCCAUAACUAAAUAAAUAAAUAAGUAUGGGCGCGCCUGUUGUUGGGUAUAUUUCAACUCAGAAGAUACGCACCGAUAAAAUUAAAUAUAUAAACUAAAUAAUUAUAGUAUAGUGCCAAAUU